GUUUUAACAUCGAUGCGCAGACGGCGCAGCUCCCACGAAAACAAAAGUGUCAGACUGUGAUUGUGUUAGUGACUGGAACAGUGAUCGGCCGAUGUCUUGGUGCUGAUAAAAUAAGACGCAAAGAAAACCAAACAGAACGAGGUUUUCUGAUCAAAUAUUCGUCAGGAAUUUAUGAAACGGAGGAUUAUCUUUGCCGCUGAGUGACCGGACUGCGAUCAUGAGGACCAGGAUAUUGCUGCUGGUCGCGACGCUCCUAAUACAGGAAGCAACAUGCGAACCUCCCGUGGAUUCAGCCUCUCUUCCGUUGGAACAUCGAGGAGGUGCUUACGGACCUCCCCUUCCGCCCGCACAUUCGGACGACCCCUGGCCCCUCGCCACACCAGACAGUCCGAAAAUAAAACACCUUCAAGUUCAAUGCGAAAAAACACAUAUGCGAGUCAACAUAGAAUUCGACCGUCCCUUCUACGGAAUGAUAUUCUCCAAGGGGUUCUACAGUGAUCCUCAUUGUAUGCACCUUAAACCGGGCACGGGACAUUUGAGCGCCACAUUUGAAAUAUUCCUCAACAGUUGUGGCAUGUCCAGCUCUGCUAACCACAACGUUGCAACUUAUGGCAGUCCGACACCAAGUGGAUCAUACGUUGAAAACACAAUCAUAGUCCAAUACGACCCAUAUGUUCAAGAAGUGUGGGAUCAAGCACGAAAGUUGAGAUGCACGUGGUACGACUUUUACGAGAAAGCAGUCACGUUCAGACCUUUCCAAGUUGAUAUGUUACACGCUGUUACAGCUAACUUUCUCGGGGACAAUCUGCAAUGCUGGAUGCAAAUACAAGUUGGAAAAGGCCCUUGGGCAUCGGAAGUAUCUGGUAUAGUUAAAAUAGGACAAACGAUGACAAUGGUUCUUGCUAUCAAAGAUGACGAAAAUAAAUUCGACAUGCUUGUAAGAAACUGCGUGGCCCAUGAUGGAAAACGGGCACCGAUUCAGCUAGUUGACCAAUACGGAUGUGUCGUGAGGCCAAAGAUUAUGAGUAAAUUCCAGAAAAUAAAGAACUUCGGUCCAUCAGCCUCCGUCGUAUCAUUCGCAUACUUCCAAGCAUUUAAAUUCCCUGACUCCAUGAAUGUUCACUUCCAGUGUGUAAUUCAGGUAUGUCGCUAUAAUUGCCCUGAACCAAAGUGCGGAGGGCUAGGUGCUGAUUACGGAGUGCCUCUACUUGGUGGAAAUGCAUUGAGCGCAGGAGAAUAUGGUUUACCAAACGCGGGACAUGGCGAAUAUGGUCCCCCGCCACCAGUACCUCACUCAGAGUAUGGAGUACCCCCUGCAUUCCCGGACCCUCGUCAUCCAGCCGACGUUGCUGGGGCAUACUCUGAAAAGCGAGACGAUACCGUACCUCCACCCCAAGCGCAGGUUUCAUCUACCCCUAACGCACCUAGUCCAUCAUCACCCGCACCGUCCCGAGACGACGAUGACGUCAAUCUACCUCCGCCACCUCCACCCGGAAGACGGGGGGUGUACAACACGGUCAAACGAAAGGACGAGGGACAUGGCAAUCUGGCAACAUUAGGUGGACGUCCUAGAUCCGUGGAAGACUUACCAGAAAGUUUGGUCGGAAUAAGAAGGAGACGAGAAACUUCAGUUUCAUCGACAACUCGUAUAUACAAACGAGACGCUCAAGAAAUGACAGAUGUAAAUACGAGCCGAACCAUACAGGUGGUGGCACCGGGUGACGUCAACUUCGCAUUAAAUAACGCGGCCACAAACGAAACUGUAGUCAUACAAUCACCAGCAAGUGAUCCGGAGACGAUAUGUAUGUCCGUGCCAUCGUUCGUGGCGGGUCUCGUCAUGUUGCUGCUAGUGCUGGUGGUGGCGUCUCUAGUGGCAGCGUUCCUUUUCGUUCGCGUACGCGCUCUCGACAGGAAAGGUGCGCACGGAGCGGCCGCAUACUACGAAACAGAUUACGUUAAACACACGAAUUAAAGGCUACAUCAAGCGCGAAUGUGUCGCGUGGACAUUCCAUAAACUCUUCUCGGAUCCAAAGAGCGUGCGUGCAUCGGCCCCGACCGGACGGCGGCCAGCUGUCACGGUUGCGAUCGAAGCUCGGUGACAUGUGACUUAUUUAUUUAGUUAUUUAAUACAUGUGAUGUAUAUGUUUGACUGCUUUUUUGUAAAUUAUUUUAUUUGUGUGAAAACACUAACUGUACUGCCUUUUAUAGUCGAUAUGUCUGUUGUAAUUUUGUAAAGAGUCGUAAGAUAGGUAUAGAAGUAAGAAUAUAUACAAUAAAGUGUCGUGUGCGAGUGUA